UUUUUUUUCUUCUUCGUCAUGCAAUCUGCUGAACCCGAGAUCCAUCGAAGACCUCUUACUCCACCCAUGGAUCAUUCCUUAAAGAAUACUGAUACUGGUCUCACCAACACGGCGGCUCCUACCACCAUGCCGUUGGAUAAACUGUCAAGCACUCAACCAGAGCACACUCACACUCACACCACGGCGGCUCCUUUGGCCGCCAAUGAUAACGCCUUUUUUGCGCCUCAAGAUCCCGUCACGAAGCCCCAAAAUGGCGACCCAGGUUUCCCUACAUCCACCAUGGAUCAAACGAUGCGGCAGCGCAAGGCGCCUGGUGUUGAUACCAGCAAACUUUCCAAUAAUGACUCUUUUGAGCGUAAAGAGGACAAGAUGAACACAGGCAAUCGACCCACUCGCAGCUACAGUGGAUCCUCGCACCGUAAUGAAACCACUGACCAUAUGGAACGUGAAGUCUGGCGCGUUUUGCGUUGGGAAAACCCUGUUCGUUCCGCAGCGAUUCUCGUGUUGUCUGUGGGCUCGAUUCUCUUGACCCGUCACUACUCAUUAUUGCAAAUUUCUUCUGCUCUUCUUACCGUGGCCAUCGGUUUGAACUUUUUAUAUGUGACUUUUAUGACACAAAGCCAAAAGGUGUUCAACGACGGCCAAUCCAGUCACCCUUACACUGGUGUGCUUCAGAAGGAAAGCUUAACCGAAAUGAACAAGCAAAAUGUUCAACGCUACAGUUCUGUGCUCGUCGACCUUGCUGAAACCGUGGCUCAUGCUUUGGCCCGUAUUGUGUUGAUUGAAAACAGCGCCACCAGUCUGAAAUGGUUGGCCAUAUUUUACACUACCUGGACAAUCUCUGCCUAUGUCUCUAGCAUGACCAUUCUUCUUAUCUUUUUGAUUUCUGCUUUCAUUUUCCCUCGCUUGUACUUGUCCAACAAGGAUGUGGUGGACGCGCAUCUCCAGCAAGGUGAAACUCUUCUCCGUAACCAGCUUUCUCGCGCACAAGGCGUGACCACCGAUACAUUUAACGAUGCUUAUCACAAGGCACGUGCUUAUAUGGCUCAAGUCGGUACCACUGGUACAGAUGCCGCCAAUACGCUCAACCGUGAAUCGGUCGUUCUCAAGGAUAAUUAAGCCUCUUUUUUUUUUUUUACCUUACCAUUAUUUGUAAAUUUCUGCUUUGAUCGUUGAAACAAAAAUAAAAAUAUUGUGAAUAUGUAUACUACAC